AUGCGAAUCUUUAGCGUCUUUUUGAGUAUCUGUGUUGCAAGUUCGUUGGCUUCUAGCUGUGGCUUACGUUUGCCGUCAGGAAAGUCAGAACGAAAGCCUAGAAUAGUAGGCGGUACCGAGACUACUAUAGAUAAACAUCCAUCUGCUGCCGUACUUCUCGAUUACAACCAGAAUUUAAACCAUCACUGGCACAAAUGCAGUGCAGUCAUUGUUAACGUAAGAUCUGUUGUCACGGCUGCAGCCUGUGUAAGAGAAUUUAUUCCAGUAACAACAUGGCGAGUUCGUGUAGGCUCCAGCUUCUUAUCCAGUGGUGGUAUCAUACAUACCGCCAGCAGAUUAUUUCUACACCCAGACUAUAAUAUGUGUACUAGAGACAAUGACAUAGCUAUUAUUCGAUUAGCCACUGCUAUUGAGUACAAUGAGAAUGUCCAGCGCGCAUACAUUGCUGGAAAGAACUAUAUCGUGUAUGAGAAUCAGGCCGUUGUUGCUGUAGGCUGGGGAAUAUACGACCAAGUGACCUAUCCAGGACGUGGCUCCGAACAGUUGCGUGAGGUUGUGGUUCGCACCACUAAUUGGGAAAAAUGUGGCGAAGUCUACAAACGGAGGACUGGUUUAAACGUAAGCCAGAGUAUGCUCUGCACAAACACUGAGAUCGGUCGCAGACAGUGUCAAGGUGACACUGGCGGUCCAAUCUAUCAUAAUGGUGUCUUCGUAGGCGUUCAUGUAUGGGAUGACGUAGAACGUGACUGCAGUAAUCCUGAUGUACCCGCAAUUAAUAUGAAAGUUUCCAACUACGUCGACUGGAUAAGCCAAAAUGUUUAA